CAGUGUUCACAAUGUAACUCGAUAAAAUACUUAGUUCUAUAUCGAUAUGCAAAAUUAAAUAUGAGUUUCUUCCGGCUACAGUACUAUUGGUUAUCGAUAAUUAACACAUUGUAGUCGCGUUUUAGCUGAGUUUGUUUAUCACAUCCUUAACCCAAAUGACAAAUUGGCGCUUCAUAAAUUGCAUUUAUUUGUUUUAAAUUGUUUGAAAAGUUAAGUUAAAUAUUAAAUAAUUUGCCAAAUAAGUUAUGUCACAGGAAUAUGACGUAUUUGCUGAUCUGUACGGCAAUGAUAAUGAUGAAAAAGCCAAAUUUCUCGAGACUCUUAAAUCUAAUACAGUGAAUACGUUAAGCAGCGGCAGUUCAGAUGAGGAAGAUUUUCUGCCACUGUCUUUACAACGUAAAGGAAAGGGACAUGAUAAAAAGACAAAGCCACUUCCUGUGAAAAAAGGGGAGCUACCCACUUCAAUAACUGCUGCUAAAAAGAUAAAAAAGUGUCAGUCGCAGCCCAUCGAAGAUGCACCUCAACAUGCGACUAAUAACCAAUCCACACAACCAGCUGAUCGUGCUCCUGUUGCCAAUAGUCGUAGAACGCGAAGUAAAACUGCGGCAGCCUCGCAAGCACCAAAUUCGACAGUCACAGCAUCCAUAACAACUAGCGCCCCGAGUAGAGCAAGAAACGGUCGCCGAGGACGAAGCAGGGGUGUGGUAAAUGAACCCGAUAUUGUAGAAGCGAGCAAUACGAUGUCCUUGGGAGAAUCUCUUGGUGUAAUAAGUACAUUGAUGAGAGGGCAGAAUAGACGUAGUGUGAUGCGCGCACGUCGGAACUACUUCGCAGAAAUCGCUGCACGCUCCACAAAUGUAGACUACGUGGAUUUGGUGUCGAGCCCAUUACCGCGCAUUGAAGGCGUUAUUGCAGUUGACUCCGAUGGUGAAGAUGAUGGUGUUGAAGUCACCAGCUUAGAAACGCCUAAUACAUCUGCACUCGCAGCGUUAGAAUGUUCCUUUGAUGAAGAUAAUCCAGAGAUAUCGGUAAAAAUAAAGUGGGAUGGUGGAGCACCAGAAAUUUUUAAGCUGCGGAAGUAUCAAAAAUUUCAAGACAUAUUUAGUAAAAUAGCAGAACGCGAAGAUACACCCAUCGACAACCUAGUUUUCAAUAUUGAUAAUCGCAUUUUAUCAGCCAGUGAUACGCCCGCUAGUAUUAAUUAUAAAGUUUACGAAUUUAUCAGUGGUCGUGCAUUGACCCAUCACUUUGAUGCCGGUGAUUUGAGAAAGAAGCGUGAUGCCAAUAUAAUUACGCUGAAAAUUCAGUCGGACUUGUGGCCAAGGAAACCCUUACAAGUGGAACUUGGUAAAACCGAUAAACUGAAAAUCUUAUAUAUCAAAUGUGCCGAAGAAUUAAAAAAAUCGCCCGAGGAUCUUGUUCUAAGCUUCAACGGUGACCACUUAGGCUUCAAUGAGACACCUGAAGACUUCGAAUUCGAAGGCGGUGAGGCGAUUGAUUUGCGUGUAAAGAAAAAAUAACGCUAAUUGCUUUAUAUGCUACAAUUUGUAUACAUUUUUAUGUGUUUGGGAGGUUAUGUCGAAAUUGUUGUUUUUUUUUUUUUUGUUUUUUUUUAAGUUUGAGAAGUUAUAAGUGCCAGAUUUUUAUUUUUUAUUUCGAAUAUAAAGAUGUAUAAAUCUCCCGUAUGUAUACAAUUAUGAUUUGUUGUACAAAUUUGAAAUUUUAACAUG